CCAUGCAGUCCACCCAAAUGUUCACUGGACCAUAUACACAGUUUCGUAAUAUAGAUUCACACAUGUUUCCACAAAGACUAUGAAACAGCAACACAAUAUCCUGCACAGCCAGUACAGUUUCGUUUACCAGUAAAUAGGACAUCGUGUGAUAUUCAAUUUCACAUAAACCCAAACCUGUUACCAGGGUAGUUCAUAUUGUUCAUGAACGUUGGAGCCCGAUCUGCUUGAUACUGAAGACGGUCAGGAUGAAGUUUGACGAAAUACUUGAGGAACAUCUUGGAGCGUUUGGUAUUUAUCAGAAACGCAUCUACCUGUUAAUGUGUACACCAGCAAUAUUCUGCGGUCUGCAGUUGUUGAGCCCUGUCUUUACCCUCAACAUUCCCAAACACAGAUGCGCCCUCCCUGGUGUCAGCAACGACACAUAUGCUGUACAAGGACUUGACCAUGAGAUCCUCCUUAACGCCACCAUACCCUGGAAGACGGAGAAAGGCGCCAGCGUCAGGGACUCCUGUCUCAUCUACAAGGACGAUGUUCCGGCGGGUCAGAACAGAACAACCCAGGAAUGCAGCGCCUGGGUGUACGACAACUCCGUCUUCAAGAACACCGUUGUUACAGAGUUCAACAUGGUGUGUGGCACCAGGGGACUCCGAUCUCUGGCUAACAGCAUUCUGUUUGCAGGUCUUCUAGUUGGUUCUUUGGUUUUCGGCAUCAUUUCAGAUGUGUUUGGUCGCAAGAUGUCAGUGAUGAUGGCUGUAUUGCUUCACCUUGGCACUGGCAUAGGAACUGCUUUUGCCCCAAACUACACAGCUUUUGUCAUCAUCAGGUUCUUUAAUGGUGCCUCCAGCAUCACUCUCUUCAUAUCACCCUUCGUUUAUGUUAUGGAACUCGUUGGUCCCUCCAAACGGACCUAUGCUGGAGUUAUCAUCGAGUUCUUCUGGUGCUUUGGUCUGCUCCUCGUUGGAUGUCUUGCCUACUUUAUCCGAGACUGGCACCACCUGCAGCUCACCAUUACCAUCCCUGUAGUAGUUCUCUUUGGGUUGUACUGGAUUGUUCCCGAGUCUCCAAGAUGGCUGCUGUCACGUGGACGUGAGAAAGAGGCAGAAUCAAUCCUGAGGGUAGCGGCAGAUGUGAACGACGUGACUCUUCCACAGAAGCUGUUUGACAAGGACACUCUGGAUGACGGUCCCCAGGCCAAGAUCACAGAGAUGUUCACAUCUCCAGUCCUCCUCGUCAGGACACUCAUCAUCUUCUUCAACUGGCUUGUGGUCACCAUGGUGUUCUAUGGCUUGGCACUUAACGUUGGCAAUCUUGUUGGGGACAUCUUCCUCAACUUCACCAUCGGCAACAUCAUGGAAGUAGCGUCCAACGUCCUUGUUCUGAUACUGCUCGACAGACUUGGAAGGAAACUUCUCCACUGUGGCAGUAUGCUAUUAGGAGGAAUCGCCUGUCUGUGUACCAUUUUCCCUGUCCUUUAUGGGAAUCAAGAACACGAAUGGAUCACAAUGACUCUUUCCAUGAUUGGGAGAUUUGGAGCAUCAGGUGCUUUCGCCAUAAUUUAUGUCUUCUCUGCGGAACUUUUUCCAACUGUUGUGCGCAACUCCGGAAUGGGCGGAAGCUCUGUUUCAGGGCGUAUCGGUGGAAUUAUCUCCCCCUACAUUGCAGACCUGGUUGUGUUGGUUGACGGAGACAUCAGCAGCGCUCUUCCCCUCAUCGUGUUCGGCGUGUUGACGUUGAUGGCGGGGAUCCUUGCUCUCGGGCUGCCAGAGACGCUCCAUCGCAAAUUGCCUGAAACUAUCGAAGAUGCCAAAUCUUUUGGAAAAACCACAGGCAAAAGAGGCUAUCACCUGGACCACGCUCAUGAUACAAAUAUACCACACGUGAAUCCAGCUUUUGAUGGAUACUAACAUGAAGAGAAGAGAAGACAGCAGCUUAUAUAUUCUUAACAAGUUUUCACCCCCGUAUUAGGUAUUAAUCAGUAUUUUAAAUCUGUAUUCGUAAACGUACAUAUAUAUUCAAGUAUUUUUUUUAUGAAACAUGUCUCUGAUUAGGAAGCGAUUUACCAAUGUCAUUCACAUACAGAACGAACUUCUCGCUUAAUGUUAUGAUGUUAAAAUGGGGAUCAACAUACUAUGUUUUCAGUGAAAGUUAAAAACAAACAAACUGCAAUGCCAAAGUCUCGAAUAUCCGUCAAAACAGGUUCCAUUUGGCGUAAAAGGCAAAAUAGCGGUGAAAAUGAAUGGAUCAUUGAAAAGGGUAAGCAUGUUGUGGCAGUCUGACAGUCAUUUUGCAUAAAAGGUCAGUGUUUGUUUGUUGGUAGCCUACACCAAGUAUGAAUUCUGUAUGAAUGUUCUCUAUACUGUGGCGAUACUGUUUACAAUUUUUCAGAGCACCACAUAAUUGUUGUCUGUAUAUUACCAUAAAAAAAUUCCAAAAAUAAUUUUACUAGGAUAUUCGGAAAAUUACCAUUUGAAAUUAAUGUUGACAAUAUUUUUCACAUAUUCGUCAAUGUAUAACAUAAAAAGUAUUGGUGAUACUCAACAACAUUCUCUAACACCCACUCUUGAUUACAUCAGUCAUGCUAUGUUUAAUUUGUUUACAAGUCUUUGAUGGAUAUUUAUAAGUUGAAGGAACAUGAGAACAGGAAACGUCUGUUGAUACCAACUGCUUUAUUGUGUUUAACAACGCGUCAGGACUACGCAUUUCCCCUUCAUGGUGUGCACUAAAGAAGGGACAAGAAGUAGCCCUGAAAACCUUGUUUAAGAAACAAUAAAGAGUGUUAUCCAUUAACGUUUCAUGUCUUCAUAAAUAUUACAGGUACUUUACGUUCCUCACAGAGUUCAUAGUAAUCUGUUUUACCAUGUAUGACUUUUUGGAUUAACGAAUAAAGUAUAUUUUGAUA